GGGCGGUGCUGUGUCUGUGAUUGGCGGAGCCUCGGUGCGCUCAGUGCGGCGGCGGCUGCUGCGGAGAGGAACCGGCGGCUCUGGGCUCGAAACAGAAGGAACUGAGUAAAAUGGCGCUGUCUCAAGGAACAAAGAAAAAAGUUUGCUACUACUACGACGGUGAUGUCGGGAAUUAUUAUUACGGCCAGGGUCAUCCCAUGAAGCCUCACAGAAUCCGCAUGACGCACAACCUCCUCCUGAACUAUGGCCUCUACAGGAAAAUGGAGAUCUACAGACCGCACAAAGCCAGCGGCGAGGAGAUGACCAAAUACCACAGUGACGAUUACAUAAAGUUCCUGAGGUCCAUCCGACCGGACAACAUGUCUGAAUACAGCAAACAGAUGCAGAGAUUUAACGUUGGCGAGGACUGUCCCGUGUUCGAUGGACUCUUUGAAUUCUGCCAGCUCUCCACAGGCGGCUCAGUGGCUGGAGCCGUGAAGCUGAACAAACAGCAGACGGACAUCGCCAUAAACUGGGCCGGUGGACUUCAUCACGCCAAGAAAUCUGAAGCCUCGGGGUUUUGCUACGUCAACGACAUCGUCCUGGCAAUUCUGGAGUUAUUAAAGUAUCAUCAGAGAGUGCUCUACAUAGACAUAGACAUUCAUCACGGUGAUGGGGUGGAGGAGGCGUUCUACACCACAGACCGGGUCAUGACCGUGUCCUUCCACAAAUACGGAGAGUAUUUCCCUGGAACCGGAGACUUGAGGGACAUCGGAGCGGGAAAAGGGAAGUACUACGCCGUGAACUACCCUCUCCGGGACGGCAUCGAUGACGAGUCGUAUGAAGCCAUCUUCAAACCGAUCAUGGCCAAAGUGAUGGAGAUGUACCAGCCGAGCGCCGUCGUCCUUCAGUGCGGAGCAGACUCUCUCUCUGGAGACAGACUGGGCUGUUUCAAUCUGACCAUCAAAGGUCAUGCCAAGUGCGUGGAGUACAUCAAAAGUUUCAACCUCCCUCUGCUGAUGCUGGGCGGAGGCGGCUACACCAUCCGAAACGUGGCUCGCUGCUGGACGUACGAGACCGCCGUCGCUCUGGACUCCUCCAUCCCCAACGAGCUCCCCUACAACGACUACUUCGAGUACUUCGGCCCGGACUUCAAACUGCACAUCAGCCCCUCCAACAUGACCAACCAGAACACCAACGAGUACCUGGAGAAGAUCAAACAGCGCCUGUUUGAAAACCUGCGCAUGCUCCCGCACGCCCCCGGAGUCCAGAUGCAGGCCAUCCCAGAGGACGCAGUGCACCCGGAUAGCGGAGACGAGGAGGAGGAGGAAGAUCCCGACAAACGAGUUUCCAUCCGAGCUCACGAUAAGCGGAUCGCCUGUGAAGAGGAGUUCUCCGACUCUGAGGACGAGGCGGAGGGUCAGGGAGGAGGCCGCAGGAACGCAGCCAAUCACAAGAAGGCCAAACGAGUGAAGAAAGAGGAGGAGAAGGAAGGAGAGGAGAAGAAAGAGGUAAAAGAGGAAGAGAAGGAGGAAGAAAAGAUGGACACGUCUGGACCAAAAGAGGAGGUGAAGUCGACUUGAACCCGACCCCAUCGUGUUCUGUCCCGUGAUCCUUUUAUUAAUUCUGUUACAUCAUGUUCUUAGUGGCAAACAUGGACUGGGUUUUAUUUGGUUUUAUUUGGGCGAGUGGGAAAAAAUAACCUUAAAAAUAUUUGAAAAAUGUUGAACGUUCUUAAAGACAGUUUCCCCCCGAUCAGCUCCACACACAGCGCCACCAAACAACUGAAAACAUGGACCAACAAAACAAAAUACUGACUUUGAGGAACUUUAGAACCAGAUUAGUUACGUAGACGUCAAACUGGAUCAUAUUAGUGACAAAUAUAUCAAACUGUGCUCUUGUGGUGAGGCAGGUGGGAUUUUUCCGUCUCUAAUUUGUGAAAAGAAACACAGAACAAACUGAAACGAACAUAAAUCUGCUUUUAACGCUACGCUGCGUCUUUACCAUCGCCCUGUCACAAUAAUCACUAAAUCCACGUUUUGUUCAGUUUAUUAUAUCGUAUUUUCCGGAGUAUAAGUCGCACCAGCCAUAAAAUGCGUAAUAAUGAAGAAAAAAAACAUACUCGGAUGUGAUUUAUAUGUGAAAUAAGUCGCAUCUCUGGUCAAACUAUGAAAAAAGUGUGAUUUAUAAUCCGGAACAAUCGUUUUUGGGGCUUUUUCUUUGUAGUAGAGGGAGUUUUUUUAUUAUUUUUCCUGCAGUUUGAUCAAAUUUGAGCUCGAGAAGUUGAAUUAUGAACUAAAAUUCCAUACGUCCAUUUGGGUCGGCGGGGGCAGCAGUCUAAACACAGACUUCCCUCACCCCAGACACGUCCUCCGGUGGGACCCCAAGGCGUUCCCAGUCCAGCUGAGAGACGCAGUCCUUCCCUGGGACCUGCUGGACGGACGAUACUAAACCUAAACUGAACUAAAAUGACACAAACUCGUUGCGUAAGUGUUUGAUUCUGCUGUUCAUUUCCACAGCUCAACAAUACUUGAUUUGGUUUGAAUAUUCUCCUUUAUAUUUACUUUAUAUUCUGUAUGUCGCUCUUCAAAAUGUGAUAUCGUGACAGGCUUCUUCACCUUAUUAUUUAAACUCGACUCCAUCUUAAAAGUAUUCCAGGUGUUCAGAAUGCAGUACUCUGAUUGGACCAGGUGUUCACUGUUCUGUACCUAAAUCCACUUUCGAAGUAUUCCCCCCUCCCUGCGUGUAAGUGCAGUGCAGUAGUUUUGGACUCCGCCUCUCGUGUUCCGCUCGUGUACUCGUCUCCGGGCGUUACCUCCAGCAUGUACAUAUGGUGUUUUCCUUCGCAGAGGCAGAUCUCGGCUCUUUCUUCUAACUUAUUUCAGGAUCAGAGUGUGAGCGUGGAGUCUUCCUGCGCGCGGUCUGCCCCCUGCUGGGCGUCGAGUUAUUUUAGAGAUUUUGUACCGUUUAAACCUGGUGGGCGCCGCUUAAGCCUCCGUGUGUCGUCUUUGUGAAAUGUGGAUUCUAAAUUUGUAAUAAAAUUUAAAAUCAGUC